AUGAGAUUAAAUACACUCCCCCGGGCUUCGGCCUGGACUCAAUGUCGAGGCAUCUCAGGUCAAGCUCUGAGGGUUUCAAGGCAGCUACAAACACGGUCUGCUCUCGGCGGUGCUUUUAGAUAUGCAGGGAAGUCAUGGCAUAAUACUAAACGAGCUGUUGGGUUCCAUGAAGCUAAGCCUCGAUCUUCACCCUUGGCCGCUCAGGAUUUGGACUCGCCAUCAGCUCCGACCAUACCAGCACCAUACAAAGCGCCCGAAACUGGACUCCUCUCCAAGCUUCCGGCAUCAUGGAUUCCUUAUGCUGAGCUCGUCAGACUCGAUAAGCCAGCCGGAACAUAUUACCUGUUCUUCCCAUGCCUCUUUUCUACUCUUAUGGCAGCUCCUAUGGCUAUGCCCAUGGCAAGUCCAGGUUCAGUCAUUGGAACUUCACUUCUCUUCUUCUCGGGAGCUCUGAUCAUGCGGGGAGCUGGAUGCACGAUCAAUGAUCUAUGGGAUCGUAACCUUGAUCCCCACGUGUCACGAACUCGACUCCGACCUAUUGCCCGUGGUGCGAUCACCCCGUUCAAAGGACUUGUUUUUACCGGGUUUCAACUGUUCGCUGGGCUGGGUAUAUUGCUGCAGUUUCCUCUGCCUUGUCUGUUCUACGGUGUUCCUAGUUUGAUACUGGUGGCCAGUUAUCCUCUAGCUAAGAGGGUCACAUACUACCCUCAGGCAGUCCUUGGUCUGACUUUCUCAUGGGGCGCUAUCAUGGGCUUUCCGGCCCUUGGAAUUGACUUGCUAUCACACACUCCAGCUCUAACCGCCGCAGCCUGCCUCUAUGCUUCGAACAUUGCAUGGACGGUAUUGUACGACAUGAUUUACGCUCAUAUGGACAUCAAGGAUGAUGUCAAGGCAGGAAUCAAGAGCAUUGCGCUGAAGCAUGAUGCUGAAACUAAGCAAGUGCUUACAGGAUUGGCGGCCGCGCAGAUCUCUCUCCUCGCCGCGGCCGGGUUUGCAGCCGGUGCUGGACCGGCGUUCUUUGUUGGAAGCUGUGGAGGAGCUAUGGUCACCCUCGGCCUCAUGAUCAAGCGAGUCAAUCUGAAGGAUGUCAAGGACUGUUGGUGGUGGUUCAUUAACGGUUGUUGGAUUACCGGCGGAGUGGUCAGCUUGGGCUUGGCUACAGACUACACUAUUAGAUAUAUCAACGGGCCUGAGGACAAGGCCAUGUCGGAUCACUGA